AUGCGAUCUUUCGCGUUGGGUGCGGGUUUGUGUUCUGUAGCCGGAGCUGGUACUCUUUUGUAUGCAUUGGAGAAUGCGAUCAGAGUGGAAGCUGGUGAGCAUGUUGUACACGCAUAUAAAUUGCCUUGGUCACAUUCCGGUCCGUUCUCAUCGUUGGAUAUGGCUUCCGUUCGUCGAGGCUAUGAAGUGUACAAACAAGUGUGUGCAGCGUGUCAUUCGAUGAAGUUCAUUCAUUAUCGCCAUUUUGUUGACGUGUUUAUGACUGAAGAAGAAGCGAAGGCUGAGGCUGCCGAGGCAACAAUUCGCGAUAUCGAUGAUAAAGGAGCACCAAUGGAACGACCUGGUAUCUUAACUGAUCCCCUGCCGGCACCCUACCCGAAUAAAAAGGCCGCAGCAGCUGCCAAUAACGGCGCAGCACCACCAGAUCUGUCUUUGAUGGCGCUGGCACGUCAUGGUGGCGAUGAUUAUAUUUUCACAUUACUCACUGGUUAUUUUGAUCCACCUGCUGGAGUUAAGGUGGAUGAAGGGAAAGCAUACAACCCAUACUUUGCCGGUGGUGUUAUUUCCAUGCCACAGCAGUUAUACGAUGAGGGCAUCGAUUAUAAAGAUGGUACUAUUGCUACAAUGUCGCAGCAAGCCAAGGAUGUGGCCACAUUUAUGCACUGGACUGCUGAACCAUAUCACGAUACACGCAAACGUUGGGCUCUCAAGGUUCUUGUGAUGAUACCAUUUGUAACAUUUGUUAUAUUGUACGGCAAACGGUACGUUUGGUCAUUUGUAAAGAAUCAGAAGUUUGCAUGGCGUACGGUAAGGGGACGUGAGCCACCAACUAAGGGUAAAUCUUCGUAG